AUGGGAAUCACACGUUUCAAUCGAUCCACUGACAGAGACGAAGAGUUGACUCGAGUUUUAAAGCGUGUAGAUAGUGUUAUCGAGUGCGAGUAUAACCUGCCGAUACCGAUUCAUGAAGCCUGGUGGGCCAUCGACAAAAGGAAGGAGACUGAAACUACAGGCUGCUUCAGCUUUAAGCGCAGGAAACCUCGUUCUGUGAUAUCAUCUACUCAAGCCACGCAACGGGGCGCAAACUAUGCAGUGGUCGACAAGGUCCUCGAGCUUAGUGAGGAACGGAAGCACCUCCAACAAGUUCUGAACCGAUACCUAAGCAACCCAGACGACAUAGCUACUCUCUUUGCCACAAACAUCCGAAAUCUCCGUGAAGAGAUUGACACGCUCGAACAACAACGCCAGCACCUACGUACCUCUCGAGCACUGGAGCCACCAAACGAUGUAUGGCGUGCAGCAGCAGAAUACUGCCGCUUGAUCCGCCAUGGUCUUCACCUCACCAGCAACCAGCUAGGUUUCAUGCGAGACAUGAUGUCUCCAAAUGUGGUGUUCAACGCAGCAUACGGCCCAGAGGCUAUCAUGCAGCAUUGGUUCUUCAUGAACUGGUUCGGCGAGGUGGACGUGGAGCUCAAGGGGUGGGAGCUGACGGAUGGUAAUUCACUGGUUGCGAUCACAACCACCAGUGUGACCAUCACGAAACACACUCUGCGCAACGUGUUUCCGCACUUGCGCACCAUCGACAACAGCGAUCGGAACGGCAAGUUGGCAGAGCAACUUCUGCUCCAACGACUUGUUAUGCGCGGAUCUACACGCUUCGAAUGGGAUGAUUCAACGUGCCGUGUGACGAGGGUGAUAGCACAGAGCGACAUGAUGACGCCAAUCUUGCACCUACUUGGUAACCUUGAAGAUGUAUCUCGAGUAUUUGAGCAGGCCCUCAUUUCUCCGGAAUUCCAAUGGAACCAAAUGCUGUACCACAAUCCUAUUCCUCUGCGAUGCAGUAGCCCGACGCACUCACCAGUUCCUCGACUGUAUUAG